UCCGGCCCCGCAGAUGCUGCCCGUCCUCCUCCUCCUCCUCCUCCUCGCCGGCCCCGGCAGCUCGGCAGCCGGGCUGGGGAUCACAGCCCGCACGCUUUCUCCGUGCUACUCCGCUGACCUCAGGCCGGCGUCGGAGAGACUUGUCUCGGCCGUGGGCUGCACUGUGCUCUUGACGAUACCGCCGCUGAAGGCCAGCAAAGUUGUCUUCUGGGAAUACAAAAGCGGCCCGCAGGAAGGAGUCAUCGUCAAGUAUGCUUUCGAUAGACCCGCCAACACGUCUCGCCCCUAUGAGAAUCGCACGAGGUUCAACGAAACAGACUUCUCGCUGCAGAUCGUGCUGCAGCGGGGGGACGACCGGCUGUACCGGUUCAGGUCCGAGUCGGAGGCCACGGGCUGGUUCCAGCUGCGCGUUCUGGAACCGCUGUCCGAGCCAGAAAUCGUGGGCAACUCGUCAGUGAAGGCAGGCGGCAACACCAAACUGGUUUGCAAUGUCCUGGAAGGUACGGCAGACUUGUACUGGUGGAAGAAAAACGGGGAGCUGCUGCUGGGAAGCGACCACAUCCAGUUUGUUGACAACACCACCCUGUGCAUCGUUAAAGCGUCGAUGAACGACAGCGGCUACUACGCCUGCGUGGUCCGCAAUGAAGUCAGCCAGAAUGAAACCUCCUUCCUGCUCCACGUCCAGAACGCUGCGAACGUGGUGUUGCCCGUGAUCCUGGCUUGCGUUAUCGUUGGCUCGCUCGCAGGUGUCUUCGUCUGGUGCAGGAGAAGGGACCGCCAGUGUCACAACGGCUGUAGGUAGAGAGCUUGAGCGGCUGCGCCCUUGCUGCUU